UUGGCGCCAGCAAUUUCGCGGGGCAAGAGGAGCACAAGAGAAAAAGGAAGCUAAAAUAGUGACGACAAAGAGCUGGAGACAGACACCAGUAAGAGAACUGGGCUGUGGUGUUGUACUGGUUUGAAUGGUGUGUGUGUGUCGCUGCUGCUUCCUACGCUUCGUCCUCAACUCCGAGCUCUGGAUACAGUGGAGGGUGAAGGCUGCUCCACAUAAAUCUCUCUGAGCCUUGAGGACGUGAGUAAUAAUGAUGGCGACCGCAGAGCCUCCAAGCAGCUCCAGCUUCCUUCCUCUGCUAGAGUCUCUGGAGGACAACGCUGCUGGACAGCCCGAGCAGACAGACGCCUACCUCACCAUCGCAAAUCGGCUCAGUGGAGAAGAGGGCCGACAGUUUCUCCCUGCAGUUGAAAAGCACUUUUCUCGUCUGGGUAAAGUCAUCUUGGCUCACAUCACCAGUCCGAACGCAGAGCUGAGCCAAGCUGCUCUGCAAGCUUUAGGAUUCUGUGUGUAUCAUUCUCACGUCGUCUCUGGAGUGCCUGAAACGUUUGCAGCAGAAAUCCUCUCAGCACUUUGCUCCCUGGUGGUGAAGUCGACAGAUAAGAACACAUGCACUAGAGCAUUAUGGGUCAUCUCCAAACAGAACUUUCCUCCAGAGGUGGUCAGCAAAAAGGUGCCGUCCAUACUGGGAACACUGGAGAGUGUGUGGAGCAGAGAGGACAUCCAGUCUGUGGUGAUGGAGCACGAAGCCUUGAACGUUAUCAUCAGGAUGCUGGAGCAGGUCCCGGCCCAGAUGGGCGAUGGAGCGCUGCAGUGGGCGAAGCUCAUCAUCCCGUUGGUGGUCCACUCUGCCUCCAAGGUGCGUCUACGAGCCGCAGCAGCCAUGGAGAUGGGCAUGCCUCUGCUGCUGGAGAAACAGAUGGAGGUGGCUGCUAUCAUGGAGCCAAUGAUGUCCUCGAAACUGAUCCCAGAGCUGCAGAAGCUUUUCAUGUCCAAGAAUGAAACAAACGUCCUGAAGCUCUGGCCUUUAUUUGUGAAACUGCUCGGGAAGUUGCUGCACAGAGGAGGCCCCUUCAUCAACUCUCUGCUGCAUCUGGAGGAACUUGGUUUCCGCAGCUCCUCCCCGACCAUCAAGAAGAUCGCCUUCAUCGCCUGGAAGAGCCUCAUAGAUAACUUCGCCCUCAACCCAGACAUCCUGUGCAGCGCCAAACGUAUGAAGCUCCUGAUGCAGCCGCUCACAUCCAUCAACGUCAGGACGGAGGUCCUGCUGCUCACCAAGGUGGAGGUCUGGUGGUACCUGGUGGUCCAACUGGGGCCCAACCUGUCCCCCAACUUUGACCAGGUUUCUGUUCCUCUGCUCCAGUGCACCAUUGGCUCCGACGCUUCAUCAGUCCCGAGCACCCCCUCCAGAGCGGGCGCUCAGAAUGGUGCUGUCACACCCAGCACACCCAAGACUGCCACUCCAGGCUUCAACAGCACCGCCAAUUCGUCUCGGUUGGGCCUGAACUCCAGCGUCCAGGUCCCCACCUCCUUCCCCUCCAUCCAGCUGCUGGGCCUGGAGAUGCUGCUUCACUAUUUCCUGGGACCAGAGGUCAUCGCCGCAGCAGCAAAGAACAAACUCGUCCUGAGUCUUGAGCCCCUGAACCACCUGCUCCUCUCUGGUGCGUCCUCUUUCACUAAACACGCUGCUGUGCUGACGUCCAGUAUCAGAGAUGGAUUCAUCAACGUCGGCAAAGACGCAUCAGAUUCUCUUCUGGCCCUCACUUGGACGAAUCUUGUCCGGUUUGUCAACUUAACAAUAGAGUCUGUAGGCAGUAAGAAGGACCGUCAGGGUGGUGAAGUGCUGACGCUGAUGCUUCAGGCUCUGCAGAGCAUCGUCACCUCAGAAGCUCUACCUGCAGACAAAGUUCUGAUUCUGUUCGAGGCCACGGUGAAAGGUAUUCCUCAGAGAGUUCUCGGCUCAGCCUCCUAUCAAGUGGGGAAGAUGGAUGUGCUGAAUGGAACGCCGGCUCUGUUCCUCAUCCUCCUGCUCUACAACAGCAGCAUGCUGGCAGCGUACAUAGAGGACGAGAGGUUUUUUCAGUGCCUUCAGACGCUGGUGAGCUGCGGUCUGUCGGGCCCCACUUCCCCUCUGGCGUUUGGGGAGGCGGUGCUGGGCGCCAUCGGGCGCAGCGCUGCGUCUGUGCAGAACAAGGAGCAGCUGUGGAGGAUGUGGAGCGUGGUGGUCAGCUCGCUCACUGACACCAUCACACAGUCGAAUGAGGUCAACCAAGGAGACGCUCUGGAGCACAACUUCAGCGCCAUGCACUCUGCACUGAUGUUCCCCGUCACACACCUGCUACAUGGCGCACCGUUACAGCAGGCGGCCCAGAAGUCGAUGCUGUCUUCGUGGUCGAAGCUGUACAAAGUGUUCGCCCGCUGCUCUGCGCUGGUGGUCACAGCUGAGGAGAACAUCUGCUGCGAGGAGCUCUGUGCAAAGAUGACAGCAGCAGUAGAGAAAGAUGCUCUGACGGUUCCUUCGACAUUAAACGCAGUUGCCAGUAUCCUCCAGGUCGUGGUGGAGUGUGUGGACUUCUCCCCGUACACGCCUCACUUUCAGCAGAAGCUCAAGUCUCCUCACACUCCAGUAAACUGGAUGAAAAAGAGGAACAAGGUCCUGGGGAAUCUGUCCACCUUCCAGUCCCUGCUGGUCCAAUGUCUGGAGGUUUAUCUGGAGGCGCCGGAGGCCUCGUCUGAAGCCACAGGACUCGCCCUGGUCUCCAUCCUGUCUGCUCUCUUCUCCAAUCUCGUUCUCGCCAACACUGUCACGGAAGCUCUGACGUCUCUGAUCCAACCUCUCACCCUCUUCUACAAACAAGCAGCCAGCGAAACGUCAAAAUUCUCCUCACAGCUCCUGGGAAAGUUGGAGAAGCUUCUCAGUGACGUUCUCGGCUGCCUGCAGACCCGCUCCACUCUGGCGUACAACGACGAGCUGCUGGCUCUGCUUUCUCCACUGCUCUGUGUAUUGUUUCCUCACAAGAGCAAGCACCUCCGCACCUCCGUCACCCAGUUCUGGAACUCCACCUUCGCCAACUCAGUCAGCCUCACUUACCCCGAAGAGAUCAGACCAAUACUGAGCCAAGUGAAACUUAACACCCCGAUCAUCCUUCCUAGCUUUGAGGCUGUCAGUGUUCCUGAUGAGCUCAGUGGACAAUACUCAAGUGAGAGUUCCCAGUUGGAGACGAAUCUCAGCGGGAUGCCGGUGUCAUCUGUGGGGAAGAGGGACUCUCUGCUGGGAAAAGCUGCUGAGCUGAAGGACAGGAGCUCCACCAAGACGUCCAAGCCAGUUGCUACAAAGCUGGACUUUGGCUCUCCAAAGCCUCCUCGCAGAGAAGUUUUGGAGGAAGAAGCCUCCAUCGACUUUGUCUUCAUUCCUCCUGAGACGAAGGAGCGCGUUCUGACGGAGCACCAGAAGGAGGUGAAGAGGACUAAAAGGGUGGACAUCCCCGCCAUGUACAACAACCUUGAUGCUUCUCUGGAUACGACAGUUUUCACCCAGUACACACAGAGCCAAGAAGACUCUCAAGACAACGUGGCAACCCAACAAGCUGACAAGGUCACCACAGAGGCUCCUGAAAAGGUUCCUCAGGAAGAUGUGGAAAAAGAUAGAGACUCUGAAGUUCUAACAAAAGACACUCAAGACUAUGCCAGCCCAAAAACAGUAGAGAACAUUCCAGAAAACCAGGAGCAGGAAAAGGUGAUCCCUGAGUCAGCAGACGUUUCGAUGGAGGAUGAUGUCAAGAGUGACAAUAGAUCAGAAGACUUGGAAAUGCAGUCUAAAGAAGGCACCAGUCCUAACAUCUCUGGCUCUUCAGAUUUAAUCUCAGGGACUCCCCAGAAACCCAAUAGUCGGCGUCAGUCCUUUAUCACACUGGAGACGUAUGCUGAGGGAAAACCUGCCAGUCCAAGCAGUGCGUCUACGUUCACAGGUCCCCUCUUAAAGACCUCCAACAGCCAAGAACGCUCUAAAACCAACAGGAAAUCGUCCUCUCGGGCUUCCCGGACAUCCACUGGUCCAAACUCUCAGGACUCACAGUCCUCUCAGACGGGAAAAACAAACUCACAGUGUCCUUCGAUAGAUGCCCUUGAGUCCCCUGUAAGGCCAAAAGGCUCUGGGAUAAGAAGUGAGCCAGUAAGACUAACUGAGAGACUGCCCAGUGACCCAACAGAGGAUGAAGAUGUUAUCCCGGACACCCAGACUGAACUGGAGUCCAAGGAAAGUACAAAACUGGCUUCCUCAGUGGAAAUGAAGCCGUCAAGCCAGGAAGAGGAGUGUGAGCAGAGUCUGGAUGAUUCUCAGUUGUCCCAGACUUCUCCAGGCGAACCCAGGCGGUCUGGACGCAACAGAGUCAAACCCCUAUUGCCUGGAGAGGACCCUGAGGAACGGGAAGAAAAGUACAAUGUGGUGAAAAGGAGGCGUUCUGGAGAGGAACCUAAAAGUGAUUCUCCACAGCUGAGCUCAACGGCAAGUAAACCAAACACUAGAGGUAAGCUGGCUGCUGAGGAGGAGAGUAGCAGAAUACGAACAAGGGCUCGGAGUGACAGGAGCGAGUCGAGCCAGACCAACUCUCAGGGUAGAGCGCACAAGAAGAUGAGACUGUACAGCAACUCACAGGAAUUCCUUGAUAAACCUGAACUCAGAAGGAGAAGCGCUAGAGAGUCCAGCCAGACUGACUCGCAGUCAAGCAUGCAGUCUGAUCAUGAAAGCCAGUCAAAGGGUCGGCAGAGACGGCAGAGCAAGGUGUCAGUGGAGAACAAGGAGGAGAGUGGAAUGAAGACAAAGGUGUUGCCUGAAAAGGAAGAAUCCAGCCAAACUGCCAAAAAUGAGCGAGUGAAACAAGCCGAAAAGGAGGAUGAUAUGCCAAAAAGAGAUUCUCAAAUGAUCACUUUGUCCCCUCAAACUGGUAGCAGAUCCCAAGAGGUUGAGAUUGUAGAACAGGCUGAAAAAGGUGCCAGUAAGCUGAAGGAAGAUUCUCAAACAAUCACUCCUUCCCCUCAAACUGGUGGCAAAUCCCAAAAGGUUGAGAUUAUAGAACAGGCUGAUGCCGAUGAACUGAAGGAAGAUUCUCAAAUGAUCACUCCUUCCCCUCAAACUGGCAGCAGAUCCCAAGAGGUUGAGAUUGUAGAACAGGCUGAAAAAGGUGCUAGUAAGCUGAAGGAAGAUUCUCAAACAGUCACUCCUUCACCUCAAACUGGUGGCAAAUCCCAAGAGGUUGAGAUUGUAGAACAGGCUGAUGCCGAUAAAUUGAAAGAAGAUUCUCAAACAAUUACUCCAACUCAAACUAGUGGCAAAUCCCAAAAGGCUGAGGUUAUAGAACAGGCUGAAAAAGACUCUGAUAAGAUGAAGAAAGCUUCUCAAAUUAUCUCUUCUUCUCCUGAAAGUGUUGGCCAAUCCCAAGAAGUUGAACUUAUAGAAAAGACCAGUGAGGAAAAGAGAGAUUCUCAGAUAGCCACUUCUUUGACAAAUGACAAUUCCCAAGGUAGAAACACAACAGUCAAGUUGGCGAAUGAAUCAGGGGUCAAAGACGAACACAAGACAAGUGAAGAAACUUAUGACAUCCUUAGCCAAGAGGGUUCUCAAGGUAUCACACCUUCAUCCUCUGAUAGCCAGACUCGACGUAGAUCCAGAAGAAGCAAGGCAUCAUCUGAGACAGAGUCUGAAGAUAAAGGUAAAAAUAAAGACUCAUUAGGAAGGACCAGGUCUCAUUCGCAGGCAGCCUCGUCAGCUGCUGGUCAGGCAGAGGCUAGAGUUAGAGGUAGGCCCAGAAGGAGCAAGGUACAAGAGGAGCUUUCUCAGUCAAGUCCUAACAAGACCCCAGAGAGUUCUCAGUCAUUAGAUGCGGCGGGAUCAUCAGAGUCCUCCCAAGGCAAGGGCAGAUACUCGAGACGAAGAUCCUCCCAAGUGUUAGUAUCCAGUGUAGAGUCCUCGGAGUCUGAAUCCUCAGAGGCCAAAGAAAAUUCCCAAGUGCCCAAAAAGAGAGGCAGGAAACCUCGAGCGUCUCUUCCAAGUCCUCUCACCAUUGACCCUAAAGACGGCAAAAUUAAAAUAGUAAAGGAUGAUUCUGGUUCUUCUCAAAAGGCAGAUUCACAAAGCAUAGAAACUGAAACAGAUUUAGAGGAUUCACAGUUAACCCAAGAUUUGCAGGCUUCUGAAUUGCUCCAGGUUACGCCCAACACUGAGGAGCAAAGUAAGGAAGAAUCGCCAAUGGAGGUAGACGUAGAGAAAACUGAGACCAACAACCGUAUAAUGAGCGACUCGCCCAGAGAGUCACCUCGUAAGGAAGAAAAAGACUCAAACAUUGAAAACACCUCUUGUCAGAAAAGUGACACUGGGGACUCUGUUGAAAUGCUUGAAUCAGUUGGGAUUAGUACUGAACAGACUGAGGAAAAGUUGCCCUCUGACACAUCUGUUCAGGGCACAACGGCGACUCCUGCUGAGACAACAAAGACACUGCAGGCUUCAGAGUCUCUAGUUGAGAAAGCUGAAGAAGUUUCAGAGUAUGCCGUUGAUGUUACAGAAAAACGAAGUGACAAUUUAGAUUCAAACCACCAAGAACAUCCCCUUGAUCCAGUGGAGGACACAGCUGAGGACAGUCACAGUACCUCCUCUGGACAGGACCACACUGAGCGUCCAAAUGUCAUAGAUGAUUUUUCAGAGGAGGACAAACAGUCUGCCUCCAACCUCGAUGGCGAAUCAACAAACCAGCACACAGAGACUAAUGCCGGUGAUGACGUCACACCUCUACAGGAAAGUGAUAAAGACGACAAAUCCCAGACUGCAGAGUGUCAGGACGAAGAGGAAACUCAGACCGCCAACACUGAGAGCAGUGUCGUUGCAAAUUUGGAUUCUGCUCUGGCUGAUGUGUCAGAUGCCUCUGGUUUAUCAGAACCGACAAGCAACAAUGUUUUGCUGGAUUCUCCAGCAAAGCUAAAGGACUUGGAGGCUUUAACGGGGGCAGAUGUCGGCCAAAGCCCCAGCAGUGGCAGGACCAAGGGAACCUGGUCUCCCUCAGCGUCCCCAUCGACCAGUAUUCUGAAGAAGGGCCUGAAGAGACCACUUGAGGAGGAGACCCCCUCACCUCUUGUCAAAUCCAGACGUGUGUCUUUUGCGGAUCCAAUCCAACAUCAGGAAAUGGCAGAUGACAUUGAUCGUCGCAGCCCUGCAAUCAGAACCAGCUCCCCAAGAAGAUCCAAGGGUAGUGGUAUCCCACAGCCGAAGCAUGUCACUACUCCAACAAAGGGCAUGCUGAUCUUCAGUCCCAGAAAUCUGCACAGUCCAGGUUACAAGAGCUCCAAGAAAUGCCUGAUUUCUGAAAUGAGCCAGGAGCCACGGCCCGUCUCCAGAGACUGUAUCUACCCUGCUCUGGUUGGCUGCUCCACACCUGUAGAAGCUGUGCUGCCUCAGAUUUCCUCCAACAUGUGGUCUCGUGGUUUCGGGCAGCUGGUUCGAGCCAGAAACAUCAAAACAGUCGGUGACCUCAGUGCUCUCACUCCCAGUGAAAUCAAGACUCUGCCAAUUCGCUCACCUAAGAUCUCUAAUGUAAAAAAGGCGCUUAAAAUCUAUGAACAACAGCGUAAAGGACGAGGUGGUGAUGAGUUGAAGAGUUUUGAUGAAACAGAGAUGAUGACGUCUGAACUGGAGGAGACCAGUGCUCCUCACAACCAGGACGAAGAAGAUAAGACCUCAGGAGAGACACUAGCGAUGGCGCUGAUGGACGAUCCCGUCCCUGCAGACGGGAGGCCGGAGCAGGACGGCUCCAGGAAUGAGACGCCUGACACGCUGGCCGGAGAGCAGAGAGCUGACGGACUGCUGCAGUCAGAGGUGGAGGCACUCAGCGGCAGGAUGACGCCACUAGAACUCAGUUACUGCUCCCCGCAGCAGCUCGUCCAGAUUCACGAUCAGCUGGGAGGCAUGAUGAGGCGCGUGGUCGUGGAGCUGGAGACACGUCUCUGCCAGACGGAAGGAAAACCCUGAAGAGACGACACUUGUGCUGAUCAGACGGAUACACAGGUGUUAUAGGAACGUGCAGAGUCCUCAGCCUCGUCUCGCCUCAGAUUUUUCUUUACUUAAGGUGUUUUUAAUAAAUGCUAGCAGCACUUAUUUUCCAUCUGUAGCUCCAGCUGUUGGAUAGUUUAUUUGAUUUUAAGAAACACACAAAGGGAAGCACAGUCACACUAUUUACUACGAUUUUUAAACUGUGUGAAAAGACAAUUUUAGUAGUUGUAUUCUGGACAUGGACGGUAUUUUCCUACGGUCCUAUAGACUGUUAUAAAGGGCGGACGUACGGCUACGGCUGUAGAAGAAAAAUGUUUCUCUCCACAGGCUGUUCCACUUUUGUACAUAUGCUUUGUCUCAUGUGGUUUAAAUUCUCCAUGUGCCUGUUUUUAGGUUGUUUACGAUCAUCAGUGCUCUUGUACAUUUUGUAGGAUUUUUUUUAGUUUUAAAUCUUUUCUGUCCUUUCACUUUAACAUCUUACUGCAUUUUUAAAGUCCUGACUAUAGGUGGUAGUGGACAGUCUGCACUCGGUGUGGUUUUAAAUACUUCAAUAAAAGACAGAACUUUUAA